GGAAGUAUCAUCCAUCAUAAAGCAGCAGGAUCCGCGUCUCCUCAAGCAACCUCUGAUCACUGCAGAAUAAGACUAAUUAGACAGAGGGAAUGUUUUGUGAGCAGCAACAGUCUGACAAUAGAGGCAUCGUCUUCCUCCACACCGCAUGCCUCUGAAAAGACAGCUGUUGCUCGCGCGCAGUGCACGCCAAAAAACGCACACGCAAAGUCUCCCACAUAGCUCGAAAACGCAGUGUUUAUCACUUGAAUUGGACUCAGUUCCCCCUUCCGACCGCUGCUGCGUGGUUCAUUCCAGCGGCUCUGUAUCCUCAGUGCGAGGUGUGUUUCUGCUGUCAUCAACACAGAGCCAGGCGGUUCAAUCACUCCGCGAACACAACAGCAAAGUGAAUAUCGAUGGAGCAGAGAUUUUCUCCUGCAGGACUGUUUUAUGCCGAACUGUUAAUGGGAAUGCAUCAACUGCCUGCAAAAACUGUCUCUGAAUCAUCUUGGCCCUUGGCUGCGGGGCCGUGAGCAGCUACCAUGACGUACCCCAACAGCAGCAUACUGACAGCCAACUCCAGUGGAGCUUUGGACGGCCAUGACUCCGGGGGAAACAUCUACCGGCCUUUUUCUGUUUUCAGCGUACUCACUCUCACAUUACUGGCAAUGCUGGUGGUGGCUACCUUCGUGUGGAACUUGCUGGUUCUGGUGACCAUCCUGAGGGUGAGGACGUUCCACCGGGUGCCCCACAACCUUGUGGCUUCCAUGGCCAUCUCUGACGUGAUGGUGGCCGCCCUGGUCAUGCCGCUGAGCCUCGUCCACGAGCUGAAUGGCAGGCUGUGGAAACUGGGCCGCGUGCUGUGCCAGGUGUGGAUCUCCUUCGACGUGCUCUGCUGCACGGCCAGCAUCUGGAACGUGACGGCCAUUGCGCUGGACCGCUACUGGUCCAUCACCAGGCACCUCGAGUACACGCUCAAGACGCGCAAAAAGAUCUCCAAUGUGAUGAUCGCACUCACGUGGCUGCUGUCCUCUAUAAUUUCUCUAUCGCCUCUUUUUGGCUGGGGGGAGACCUACACAGAGGGGAUGAAGUGCCAGGUGAGCCAGGAGCCGUCCUACACGAUCUUCUCCACCUUCGGAGCAUUUUACCUGCCACUUUGUGUGGUGCUGUUUGUGUACUGGAAGAUCUACAAGGCUGCCAAGUUUCGGAUUGGCUCCCGCAAAACCAACACAAUAACACCCAUGGCUGAGGUAAAGGACGAAGCGCAUCAGCCACAGAUGGUGUUUACCGUGCGCCACGCCACCGUGACCUUCCAGACAGACGGGGACACAUGGCGCGAGCAGAAGGAGAAAAAGGCGGCGCUGAUGGUAGGCAUUUUGAUCGGCGUGUUUGUACUUUGCUGGAUUCCCUUCUUCAUCACCGAGCUCAUCGUCCCGCUGUGCUCCUGUGACAUCCCGCCCAUCUGGAAGAGCAUCUUCCUGUGGCUGGGAUACUCCAACUCGUUCUUUAACCCGCUCAUAUACACCGCCUUUAAUAAGAACUACAACAAUGCCCUGAGGAACCUCUUCUCCAGGCAGCGCUGAGCCACUCGGCCACGCUCAGCAAACACACUACACCAGCAUGCACCUCACAGUGUUACUCUUCCAGACAGUAAAGGACUAAGCUGUCUGUAUCCGCCACUCAGUCAUCCUUCAGAUAGAUGAGACCCAGAGACUAUGUCUGAAAAACUGUCUUUAUAAAUGUGUUGUUUUUAUUUAUGUUUUGUUCUGUUUAUUACCAUGCUGAGGUAACCUCACAGCUGGACUGAGACGGGUGUCUGAGCUACUGUCUCUACAAAGAGAGGGAAUAAAUUGGUUGUUUUGCAGCAGUAGUGGAUACGUUGCUGUCUACUUGUUGCUUUCCUUCUGACGUUUCAGGCUUAUUAGGGAGGAAGCUAUGUUAAUGCUCUCGUAAACAGUUUCAUCAUCAUAUGUGAAGCUGCUGGGAAUAAUUUCAAAGUAAAGCUGAAAGAAAUAUUCAUGAAAAAUAUUUUAGAACUGCACAAAAUUAACCUCAUAAUCAAUAAGCCAAGAACAAACUGUGGACUCUUUUGUAAACUAGACAACAAAAUACGUAACAUCACAGAUUACAUUUCACACAAAAAGAGAAAAUGGAUUUGAUUACAGAAAAAGAAUAGAGACCUCCACCUUAUAGCGAGGUAGACAUGAACUCUACGGCUUCACAUGCCAUUUAGUCAUGCACACUUUGAGAUAAAUGUGCAAUCUCUCCUGUGAUGCCUGCUAUAUAUACAGCAAUUCUCUUUGCACAUACACCUACACACUCUCAUGUCUUUUAUAAGGCAGGAAACAGCAGAACAAGUUAUUAUUUCCAUCAUCUUUGAAUAGAUGCAUUAUUGAGAAACUGCAGCCAUGAAUAAUCACAUCUCACUCAGAUAAAUAAAAAGAUACAGAAUAUAUGUGAACUGGAGUAAAGCUAUUCGAAGCACUAUCACAAAAAGAGAUUUAUGAUAGGUUAACAGGAACCAAAUGGAAAAUAAAAGACAGCUUUAUUGUAUAAAGAAGCAAAAGUGCAGAGACAAUGCAUGUUUUCAAGUAUAACUUGUGGCAUUAUAUUAAAGUAGGGGGGUUAUGGGAGUAAGAGAUGCUAAUGUUAACGAAUACAAAUAUCCCUUAAUGGGUAUAGCACACAAAAAAUGUAUGCUUCAUUUGGUCUAAUGAUGUUUUUUAUACGAUUCCCCCGUUCCCUGCACAAAUUGCCACUUUCCACCAAAUGUGUUCAACACUGUAGAAUCAGUACUUUAUUCUGUUGUGUAAUAUAUUGUAAUGUGAGGAAUCAAGCAUGAGAAACUGAUCCUUAGGAAAUUGUUGUGCUAUAUGUAAGUGACCUCCUGUUGGAGAUCAAAGUAUUAUCAAUCUAACAUCACUGUUCAGUGAAAACCAUGUAUCUCCAGAUUUGGUUUCAGAAAAACUGAAAGGUUAAGAAAAUGAUCCUAUUCUUGGGCUAAAUUAACCAUUAAAUUAGGCUAAGAUUCUUCAUGCUAAAUUUAGCAUUGCUUAAUGGUAAUGCACAGAAAGACAAUGCUACCCACGCUGAUGUUUAGCAGGUUCAACAUUUAUCAUGUUCACCUUUGUUUAGUGUGUUAGCAUGCUAACAUUUGCAGCUGAUGCAGGUGUUUGGUCAUAAACAACAAAAAAACAAACAUAAUGAUGAACGAAAAGUUAGGGGGUCAAUAAAGUUAUUACACAUCAUCCUGACGGGGACAUGAAUGUAUGUGCCGACUGACUGAUCCAAAGUCCUGCACCCUGUAGUUGCUGUUGCUUAGUUAGACCAUCGACUGUAUAAAAAAUGGUGGACGUAGUCACUGUGACGUCAAACAUUGGCCUCAAAUCCAGCAUUUUGGCCUUCAUCAUAUUGAUUUUUCGCAACCAAUGUAUGAACUAAAUGGAUUGGGAGCCAGAAUAAUACUGCGCUAGCUAGCUAGCUAGUUAGCAAGGGGCAAUCAAAAUGAACAGCCGACUCCUUAGAGUGUCUUUUAGUUCAACUGAACACUGAACUGAAGAUUUUUAAGCCACGAGACACGAGCCACGAGAUUUAUGAAGUCAAAACACACUGUGAAAGGGUAGAAGGUUCAGACAAGCUUGAAUAAAAGGGACCAUGCUAACGCUGGUUCUGUUAAGCUGCUGCUGAGUGUAUUCCUGUGUAUCAGGCGAUGUAGCAAGGACUACAGUACUUCCUGUUGGGAUGUUAGUCAUGUAUAUCCUAAUAAAUACCACCAAAAAAGUUACUUCAGGGGCAAACAGAGAUAAUGUAAAUAAAGGAAGUAAGCCUUGCUGAAGGGAAGUGGAUGGGGCAGGAUGUAGGAUCACUCAAUUCCAUGGCAAUUUCUUUUGAGUUUCACUGAAAAACACAAAUAGUGCUAGAGGAAAAGUCAGGGGAUCACCAAAGUUAUGUUUUUAUCCAUACUAAUCUAUCCAGUUUUUAGAUAGGACAUAAGAUAAACAUUGCCAUUCCUAGAGCCAUGCUGCUGGCAUUCGCUUAAAAAAAACCCCAUUGGACUAUAUUUUUAAAAAAUGCAUUGUUGCAAAGUUGACAAUGGGUGUUUUAGCUCAUGGAAAGUUGACAUUUUCGAGAUAUAUCGUUUUUCAUACAACUAAAAAUAUUACAAAAGAAUACAAUAGAAUACUAUAAAAAAUAUUUUUUUCUAUACAAUUCAGGCUACUAUCUGUGAGACAAGACCUACCUGGUCUCUACCUGACCUCAAGCUUUUACCUUGAUUUGUACUUUUACAUUAUAUUUUACUGUAUAUUAAAAACUUACAGACCUCAAAUGACAUGGUUUAUGAGCAAGUAUUUUUUUUCCGUAAGUAUAAGUAAUUCUCAAUAGUAAAAAAAAAAAAAAAGACAUUUUAAUAUACUACAUUAUUAAGGUGAACAGAGUAAUAUAAUAUUAUGAUGAAGAAACAGAAAUCUAUGUGAAAAGAAAAUGAGACCACUAGUUGCAAUGGUGGUUCUAGUGAAACAAUAUUCUGUGGUAAAUAAAAUGCAUGGAAUAUAGACAGAAACAGAAACCUUAUUAGAUAUGGUAAAAUAACCGACAGUGCUGGUAAUUUUUUAGCAUUUCUUUCAUGUAUUUAUUGCAUGACUUGGUGGUCGACUCGAGCCAUUGAUGUUCUGCAGGAUUCUCUUAUUCUAAUGACUUCUCACCGCUCUGCAGAUUGCCAGAGGAUGGUUGAUUAUUCACCCUUUGCCCCUCUUGAGUCUUGUUCUGUGUGGUGACCCAGCUCAGGAAAUGCAAAGUGUUUGCAAAAAUGUAUUGUUAGCCAUCCAUCUGUUUCCAUUUUUCAUGUUGAAAAGAGAGGAAAAAAAGUGGACAUUUACCUCCUUCAGAGGCACUUGUUUUUGAAAAUUCAUACUUGUAUUCAUACCUACAAAACAGACAUAAAAGUAGUGGAUUUUGAAUGUUUCAUCAUGUGUAAUUGUGUCAGUGUUUUUUUCAAUGUGUGCAUGUUU